AUGGAUAAGUUUCGUAUGAUCUUUCAGUUCCUGCAAGCCAACCAGGAAUCCUUCAUGAAUGGAAUAUGUGGUAUCAUGGCACUUGCGAGUGCCCAACUAUACACAACAUUUGAUUUUAAUUGCCCGUGUCUGCCAAACUACAACUUGUCCUAUGCUAUGGGUGUUUUGUGUGUACCACCCAUUGUCUUAUUUUUAUUGGGGUUUGUAAUGAACAAUAAUGUCUCGAUGCUUGCAGAGGAAUGGAAGAGGCCAAUAGGCAUGAGGCAGAAAGAUGCAGCUGUGUUGCGAUAUAUGUUCUGUUCAAUGACCCAACGAGCAUUGAUUGCUCCGGCAGUAUGGAUAUCAGUGACGUUACUACAUGGCGAGAGCUUUAUAUGUGCAUUUUGUACAUCUGUUCCUAUUGACAAACUGGGAAAUAUGACUGGUGUAGACCUGUCUGAAAAGGAAAUCAAGCGAAUACUGGCCAGGAUCCCUUGCAAGGAUAUCUAUGAUGGGAACCAUAUCAUACCACAGGAAGUGGCAACCAGAUACCUGCGCUGCAUUUCUCAGGCAUUUGGAUGGACCUUUGUUUUACUCAUGACCUUCCUGGCAUUUCUCAUCAGAGCUAUACGACCCUGCUUCACACAAGCAGCUUUUCUAAAGAGCAAAUACUGGUCGCACUAUAUUGACAUUGAGCGAAAACUUUUCGAUGAAACCUGUACUGAACAUGCAAAAACUUUUGCAAAACUCUGCAUUCAGCAGUUCUUCGAGACCAUUAAUCGAGAUAUGAACAUGCCUCACACCCCCAUUCUAGAAAAGAACCCAGAGAAGAACCCAGAGCAGAACCCAGAAGAAUCAGACAAACUCUUGGGAGUCACCAGCCAGGGAACAAUGAACACCCUUUUAAAGAACUGGCAUAAAUGUAAACCCCCUUUAAACCUAAAUGCCUAUGAACAUCAAAACGGAAAUGGAUGUAUUAAGGAAACUCUUGAGCUGAAUAACCUGAAUAUACCCAAGAAAGAAAUUGUAACUUAUUACAGUAAGGUUUAA